AUGGAUCCGGAGACCGCGUUGGACAUGCUUCUCCCGCCUCGCACCCUCAGUGAGGGUGUGGAGACGUCUGAGGCUUUCAACCAUCUGGCUUUCAUAUUCCCCACGCCUUCCAACGCCGUCCACAUCCACAACCGAACACUCAGUCUAUCCGUCUUCUGGCUGCGAGUCAGCCCUACAACGCUCACCCUCUUCGCCUCCGCAAUCCACGAAAUUCACUCCGACACACAUUUUCCCCACAGGCGGGACGUUAGUGCGUUGGCUUUACAGCGGGUUCUUGAGAGAGAGAAGGAGGAGGAGGGCUGCGGGAAGGUGGUGUAUCAGCCUGGUUCUUGGUACGGGGUUCCUGAGAAUGGCGAAGUGGAGAGAGGGAAGGGGAAGGCAAUGUUUGGACAGCCUAGACCCGGGAAUGUGUUUAAGAUGGAGAGGGAAUUGGGGAUGUUGCUUGAGCAGGCGGAAGGGAAGGGCGGUGAUGCAGAUAUGGGUGCGAUUGAGAGGGAUGUAAGCGUGUGGUGGGAGCGUGUGAUGGAGGCGAGGCGGGGAGGAGCUGGCGGAGGGUGA